CUCGUGAAAAAUGUGACGCAUCUUGCAAUGGGUUAGGCAGACUUGAAAAGGAACAAUCUCCAUCGAACAAACACCUAAGGAGACUUGCUUCUAGUCUUGAAGUUAAAGAAUGUCGAGAAUUAUUGAUAAGACUUGGAUUAGACACAAACGUUUUGAAUGAUUUACAGGAAAAAUUUGCUCCCUCUGCUUUUCAUGUAAAUGAUUUCAAAUACACAGCCAUGUCAAUAUGGAAGACAAGCGUGACUGAUUCGUCCUUCAAGACCAUUGAAGAUGAGUUUGGUGAAAUAGACAAACACUUACUUUGUGAGGUGAAUAGAGAUGUAAAUGUGGAUGACGUACUGAAGAAAUUUAAUAUUCUAGAAGAUCGAGCGAACACAGCACCUACGAACACUUCAUUACAAGAAUUGUCCAAUCAUAUCGGAAAUAGCAGCAUGCAGCUAGGAGUAGAACUAGGAUUACGGAGCGCUGAGAUUGAAGAAAUUCAACACGAUCACAGCUGUAAACUGUUACAUCAGAAUAAAGAAAUAUUACGAAUUUGGAGCCAAACAAAAUUUCCUAAGCCAACAGUUAAAGAACUGAUUAAAGCUUUACAACGUAUUGGCAAAAUCGAUUGCCUGAGGGAAAUAUCGUUUUAAACAGUACUAGAUGAUAAUAAAAACGAUGAAAACUACUUUUUUAACUGUAGAUUUUAUUAGGAAACACAAUUCGAGUCGAUAAAUUGUUCAAAA